GUCUUGUGGCCGGGCAGCAUAAACAGGAAAUCAUGAUAUCGAUUUCAGAGCUCAUCGAUCUCCUAUUUUUAAACAGCUCGAUCGAGAUCAAAGAGAGAGCUGAAAGAAAGAUAAAGAUCAGAUCGAGAAUUAAUCCAUGGUCAUUGGUUUCUAGGGAGCACAACCUGAGAGAAGCAAUGCAUGAGAAGCUGCAACUACUCCGUUCCAUUACUAACUCUCAUGCUGUAAUUUUCCAGCUUAACGAUUCCUCAAUCGUUUUAGAUGCAUCAAAGUACAUUGAAGAGCUAAAACAGAAAGUGGAAAUACUGAAUCAAGAUUUAGAGACUGCACAAACCUCAAGUGAUCAAAACCCACUGCCUGUGGCUACGGUAGAAACCCUAGAGAAGGGCUUCCUAGUAAAUGUAUCAUCAGAUCAUAAAAGUUGCCCAGGCCUGCUUGUCUCAAUAUUGGAAGCUUUUGAAGAACUGGGUCUUAAUGUUCAGGAAGCUAGGGUUUCUUGUGCAGAUAAUUUCCUGUUACAAGCAGUUGGAGAAAAUGAAGAACAAGCCGAAAGCAAUGAUGCUCAAGUGGUGAAAGAAGCAAUGGUGCAGGCUAUUAAGAACUGGAGUGGAAGUACUGAACUAGAAUAGCUCAAACAUCCAGUUCUGCUGUUACGUACAUGAAUAUAUUAUAUAUCCUUUGCUUUUACUAAUUUCUCCCGUUUGAAUUAUUUUCGUUGGUGGGCAGUACUGUUGUUAAUCAAGAACUGAGCUUCUAAAAUUGUAUUAGGAAUUGGUUGAAGUUUGAUGAUCAAGAACAAGCACCAAUUAAUUAGUAACAAAAGAACUAUAUUUAUAUAUAA